AUGGGCCCACCCGUCUCCAUCGGGAAUAAUUUGCCUCCCGGCCCAUCCGUCAUAGUCGAGGAUAUUUUUAUCAUGGGCCCAUGGUCCGCUGGCCCGUAUCAUACGGGAUAUUAUGCAUCGUUCAUGAGGAUAGUACAUGAGUGGCGUCACCUUCGACAACUCAGGCGUAGUGGCCGAGGUCACGACCCUGGUGGCGUCGCAGAAACAAAAGCUGGCGAACUUGCGGUAGUUUGUCCAGCAUGCCCCCAUGCGGGCAAGAAUUUACCCCAAGGUUGGGAGAAUUCACCUCCAGCAACGAGAUGGUUGUACGCACUCUUCGUCGCUAUAGAUGCGAAUUUCCGUCUCAAGCGGAAGGCUGUCUCCUCCGACCGAGUGGAUCCUGGUUUAAAUACAGGAUGGGCCUAUUUUGUGGAGGAGCGUGCAUACAAGAGCUACCUAUCUGAGCGAGCCAAUGAACGACAAGAGCGCAGUACCUGUGUUAGUCAUAACGCAGUUAAUAUGGCUGACACGAAAUCUUCGCGAGGCUUGGCAGCUACUGGUAUAGGUACCAUCGAUUGCGCUCGACACGAAUUCAAAUUGCCAAAUGGGGUAGGCAAUCUACAAAAAGGCGAAAGGUAUUUAAAUAUGGAUUAUAUCGUUUUUUCGGCCCUUGUCGGAUUCACAGUGACCGUGCUAAAUAUCUCAUAUGAUAUAGCCUGUCAAUGGUCAAAAAACCUAUGGAACAGAAUGGAACACAUGCCGGCUCGGCUCCAUAUACCUCGUGACGAUGUGCUGGUUCGAUAUUUCAUACCGAAGUUUCAUAUCGCAGCCCAUAUCGCAGCCUGUCAGCUCACAUUUUCCUGGAACUUUACCAAGUGGGUAGGUAGGACUGACGGUGAAGCACCAGAACGAGGUUGGGCAAGUGCCAACCGUGUCACAUCUAGCACGAAGGAAAUGGGGCCAGGAACUCGACGUGACACCUUAGACGAUCACUUCGGUGAUUGGAAUUGGAAAAAGACGACGACACUUGACUCUCAAGGCCGUACAUUGAAGCGCAAGAUGGAAAACACCAUAAAGUGGGAACGGGAACAUCGUGUUGCCUUGUACGAUUUGGAAGGAACAAUUCAGCCUGCGCUUCUGGACGAGUGGGGAACAGAAGUCGAGAUGUGGGAGGAGGACAACACUCGCCCAAAUCCGUUCGAAAGCAAGCUUGCUCCUAUUACGCAGGCCGCAGUAAGGUCACAGCUUGCAGAAUUGGAAGCACAAGAGCUGCGGGAAGGGAUCAACCACUCUCUCGACGACAAUGUCUCACCUAGCGUCCUCAUUAGUGGUGGGAUUGAAUUAGAAGACUUGCAACAACGGCUCAAACGCGACAUUUCAGACCUCUCGCUUCAUCCCACAGAAAAUCAAAGAGAGGCCAUCAUUCAUAGAACUAAUGCACUACAGAGACGCAUCGAUUCCUGGACCCGCUAUCAACAACUCUAUAUGCCUAUUGUCUCCACGCUGCGCUCAUCAACGAAUCCAAGUCCAGGUUCCCCCCAAACACUUAAGCCACAGGAUUUUCCACUCUAUCUACCAUCAGCUCUCCUCAAUCAUCUCGACUGCAAUCACCGUUUAAUGAAGCACGAAUGGAAACUUCGGCAGGCACAAGCUCACGAUGCCCUCAACGAGCUCCGCUCCCACCUUCGUCUAUGUUCGCACAUUUACAAAUUCAAAGACAAGAACUUACGGGGCCAAGCAGCUUCUACCCGUGCACAAAAUCUGAUUGCACGCGUUAAAGCAAAGAAAGAUGCGGCAGUAGCGAGAUACAGGUGCGCUCGUCAAGCGAUAGAAUCACUAAGCUGUCGGUUGGAUGAGAUGGGCUGGGAGGCAACACUUCGACCCCUCAGACACGAGGACAUUCGGCCUAUGGGCAAUUUCACAGGUGAUCGCACUCAAGGCACUGGGACAAUCUCGUGGAUCUGGCUGACGACAGAUGUCGACACCAGUCCAUCCGAGAAUGAAAGUGUUCAAGAUUGUGUUCGUAUCGAAUGGUGCAAGGCACGCGCACGCGCAGCUCGAUGGUCCGAGGAAGUAGAGUUGCUGGCUGAAGAAAUGAGACGAGUACUGGCCUUUCUGGAAUGGCAAGGUUCCUGGUGGCAUCAGCGCACAAUGCUGCGCUCAUCGGAGAAGACUACCGAGCAAGAGGGCUUGCAGGCAUAUGCCUACCGUCAAGCUGCACUCCGUUCUGCAAUGCGGACCUCAUUCCAAGCUCGUUGGAGCUUUGAUGACAGUGGUCCUUCAAUUGACGCACCUCCUGCGGUCAUGGAGUUUUGA